AUGAGUAACAUUGCUGACUACAGCAGCUCUGUUGGUGGGUCUAUUGGGGGCCCUGCUGCUGCACUGCAGCGGCUGAAUCAGCAGCCGCAUCUGCUGCAGCAGCAGCAGCAGCAGCAGCAGCAGCAGCAGCAGCUAGCACAAGCAGCUAUUAGGGUUACCGAGCUAUCUAAUAAAGUGGUUCGCUUCACUCUUAGUAACUGUGAUGUCUCCAUUGCAAAUGCUCUCAGAAGAGUAAUGAUAUCUGAGGUUCCAACUCUGGCGAUAGAUUUGGUGACUGUCUUCGAGAACACCAGCGUGCUGCAUGAUGAGUACAUUGUGCACAGGUUGGGUCUGCUGCCCAUCGACAGCUCCAAUGUGGAGAGCUUCGUCUCUAGGGAUGUGAGGGUUUAG